CGCAUCCCUUGAAAUAUCACCCUUCGUCCGGGGUCAAAAAUUACCUGCCUUUCAAAUCCUCAUCAAAAGAUCAUGAUACGUAAAAGAAUCGAUUUAUACCCGCAUAUACAUAUAUGCAUAAGGUUUUGAUUCCUCGGAUUCUAAGAAAACGGGGUUGCAAAUCUCGGCUGGAUGGAUUCACUUACGUCUGAUUCAUUUACGUCUAGAAUUACUUAUACGGCUCGCUCUAUCAGCCAUUGAAGACGUGAACUACUUAGGAAUAGCUAAAAUAUAUUCUAGCUAAAAUGUAUUCUGAAGCGCCGGCAGUUAUAAAGGUGAUGUGAAUACGAGUCCUACGAAAUGUUGAAAUAACAAAGCUUGAGAACGUCUUAUACUGACUAGCAACAUGCCAUAUUCGCAGCUUAUAUACGUACGUGCCGUAGUUUAUAGGAAUUGAGUAACCUCCAAAAAAUUUUAGUUACUUUCACCCCACUCGGGCUGCUCCCGUCACUAGUAAGUGGCAUGACUCGUGAGAAACGGCAAUAUGAGAGACGUCCAAUCAUCUUAGAAAAAUCCGGCGGAUUCACUACAGGAGGAAGAAUCAUCGAAAGCUCAAUCUUUCCUAAUCAGACCCUCUCCUGUGAUCAUGGGUAUAUGGAAUACUUCAUCCCAUGUUUAAUUCGAACUCAAACAUACAUCUACAGUCUCAAGCCGCCGCCGCCGUCGCAGCAGACUCAGGCAAAGUCGGCGACAGCAUCGUGUACCUCACCAACUCAGCAGCCGGACUACGUGCUCAGAUGACGGUGGCUAAAAGCAACUCGACAAAUAUCAAGGGCAUCGUCGCCUAUUCAGUUCGUAUGGGGGGACCACCGGAAAGAAACCUUUCCUUUCCUCCAGCAAACGAGACGGGCAGCCAAGCUCAUUACCUUUAUGGUGGGAAUGCCAAGGUCUUCCUCCUAUCCAAAGACGGGGGGCUCAGUGGAAAUACCCACAUCGCGUUCGCGGAUAUGAACAACGAUGAAGUAGCCGACCUUCUAGAUGAAUUUCUCGAGGAGAAUAAUCUCGACGCUUACCAAGAUGAGACCGACGAAAGUGUCAGCAAUGCGAUUCAAGAGUAAUAGUAGUUAGAUAGUGUUACCAAAGCCGUAUAGUCUUAGUAGCAAAUUCCCCUUAGCAAGCAAACUUCACCAAAUAGAAAUUCUCC